AUGGUCCAGUUCUCCCUCCUCGCAGCCCUGUCUCUGAUCCCAGGCGUGCUUGCCGCGCCUGGAGAGAUCCUUCCGUCUCGCAACGCCCAAAAAGAGACCAGCAAUGAGAUUGUGACCCGUCAGGGUGGUUACUACUUCCAAAACUGGUCUGAGAACGGCAGCAAUAUCAGAUGCAACAACGGCGCGGGGGCUUCUUACACUGCGACUUGGAAUAGCAAGGGAGGCUUCGUUUGUGGAAAGGGAUAUAAUGUCGGAGGGUCGAGGACGAUCAAGUAUAGCGGAACAUACAAUGCCACUGGACCCGGUUACCUCGCUGUCUACGGCUGGACCAGGAACCCCUUGAUUGAAUACUACAUCAUCGAAUCCCAUGCCGACCUCGCGCCCAAUGAGCCAUGGACUUCCAAGGGGAACUUCACUUUUGACGAGGGCACAUACGAGAUAUUCACAAGUACUCGUGUCAACAAGCCUUCGAUCGAGGGCACGAGGACCUUCCAGCAGUACUGGUCUGUCCGCACAGAGAAGCGUGUCGGUGGGACAGUCACCACUGGAAGGCACUUUGACGAGUGGGCAAAGUAUAAUAUGAAGCUGGGAAACCACGACUAUGUUAUCAUGGCAACCGAGGGUUACACGGCCGACGGCGGGCCUGGGAGCAGCGGAUCUUCUAGUAUCACUCUGGGAUAA